AUGUUCCUCCAGAUAGUGAAAUCUAAAUACAAAACAUUGCAACCAAUUCCUAGAUUCCGCGCUGUUGCUCAUGGCGCAGGUGUUACCGGAUCAGCUUCAGGUGCUGCUCACGGAGUGACUGGUGGUGGAAGUGCUAGCCCUGUCACACCUACUACAACUGCUGAAUUGGUCUCUUACCUUACAGACUCAUCGCCACGAGUCAUUCUUAUCACCAAGACAUUUGAUUUCCGCGGUACUUUAGGAACUACCACUGCAACUGGAUGCGUACCAACUAGCAAUACCUGCGGAUCUAGUGGAAAGAAUGCCAUCAAUGCAAAUGGUUGGUGUGGAUCUGCUUCCGCAACUACGGUCAAAUACGAUAAUGCUGGUACCACACCAAUCCAGGUCAAGAGCAACAAGAGUAUUGUUGGUGUAGGCAGCGCGGGUGUUAUCAUUGGUCGGGGACUCUAUCUCUCUGGUGUUUCCAACAUCAUUAUUCAAAAUGUUCAUAUUACCAACUUUAACCCUUCAUUGAUCUGGGGUGGUGAUGCUAUCACACUGGUUGGCACAGACUUGAUCUGGAUUGAUCACUGCAAAUUCUCUCUCAUCGGUAGACAAAUGCUUGUUACUGGAUACAAUGCAGCUGGCAGACUCACAAUCUCCAACAAUGAAUUCGAUGGUCAAACUUCCUGGUCCGCAACUUGCAACGGCCAACACUAUUGGACAAUGCUCUUCUACGGUGCCGCAGACUACGUCACUCUCGCAAACAACUACAUUCAUCACUGCUCUGGCAGAGCCCCCAAGGUCGGUGGAAGCUCCGGCGAUGCUAUCACCAUGCACGCCGUCAACAACUACUUCUACAAUGUCGCAGGCCAUGAUUUCGAUAUCGGUGUCGGCGCUGCAGUCUUGUUGAAGGGUAACUACUUCCAAUCUGUCACAACUCCUAUCACAGCUGCUUCUUCCUCAGCUGGAGGCUCCAUCUUCACCACCGCUUCUGGAACCGAAUCAACUUGCACCGCAUACCUCGGCCGUGCUUGUGUCGCAAAUGCAGUUUCAAGCUCGGGAGCCUUCCCAGGUUACGGUACCACCUCCUUCUUGGCCACCAUCAAGACCAAGGAAAGCGGCUAUGUUCCUGCUGCGAUUGCUGCUUCCUCGGUCCCCGCUUACGUCGUGGCCCAUGCCGGUAUUGGCAAACUCUAA